AUGUUCCCUGCUCUAAGAGUAUUUUUUCGCUUUAAAUGUUUCUUCCAGGUAACUGGUGGCUCUCUUGAAGAAUCAAAGGAAGCUCUUGCAAUUGCGGAAACAGAUGCAAGACUUUUCUGUACUGUGGGUGUGCACCCUACAAGAUGCAAAGAAUUUGAAGACAGUGGGGAUCCAGAAAAGCAUUUGCAGGAUCUUCUGACAUUGGCUAAAGAGGGAAUAGAAAAAGGAAAAGUGGUUGCGAUUGGCGAAUGUGGGUUGGACUAUGAUAGACUUCACUUUUGUCCAUCUGAUAUUCAAAAGAAGUACUUUGAGAAGCAGUUUGAGUUAGCAUAUAGAAUGAAACUGCCAAUGUUUCUUCACAUGCGAGCAGCUGCUCAGGAUUUUCGCGACAUUCUUGAGCGAAAUAAGGAUCGGUUUGUUGCUGGUGUUGCACACUCUUUCACUGGAAGUGCUGAAGAUCGUGAUAAACUUCUUUCAUUUAGUAAUGUUUUUAUAGGUGUAAAUGGUUGCUCUCUCAAGACAGCUGAGAACCUUGAAGUCGUAAAGGGUAUACCAGUUGAGCGAAUGAUGAUUGAAACGGAUUCACCAUACUGUGAUAUCAAGAAUUCACAUGCUGGGAUACAUUUUGUGAAAUCCUCAUGGCCUUCAAAGAAAAAGGAGAGGCAUGAUCAAGAAUGCCUUGUCAAAGGUCGCAAUGAGCCUUGCUUAGUUCGGCAAGUACUUGAAGUUGUUGCAGGCACUAAAGGCAUCACUGACAUAGACCAACUGGGCAAGACACUGUACCACAAUACUUGCAGGGUUUUCUUUCCUCAUGAUUUGGAUUCGGCAGCAGAAGCCCUUCUUGCUAGUGGUACGGAAGCUAUAUGAAAGAGGUCAUGAGUUCAAGAGAAAAGGCAGCACUCUGCUAGUCAGAGCGUUUAUCCUGUCAAAGUAUGAGAAUUGUAUGCUAGAAAACAAAGGGUGGAAAAUACUUAAAUUUAUGUUUUUCUGUCACUCAUAUAUUGUUUUUUGGUAAUUUAUUUUUCUCAUUAA